AUGAAAAGAGUACAUAUCUAUUUGUGUUUUAUUUAUUUUUUUUUUUUAUGUAUAUUAAAAGGAGUGUAUAAUGUGAAGACACAAAAGAAUGAAGGAAUUAUUUUUAACAAGGAGGGUAAUGAAAAUGAUAAUGAAAAUAAUGAUAGGAACACAUCAAAUAAUAGCAAUAGAAUAAAUAGAAUAACAUUGAAUAAAGAGAUGUAUGAAAAAUAUAAUAAAAUGAAUAAUGAAGAAGAUAAUAAUAAAAACUUAAAUUAUGAUUUAAGUAAUUCAAAGAAUGGAACGAAAAAAAAACAUUUUGGUAGUAAAAGUAGUGAAGAUAAAACAAAUGAAAAGAGUUCUAUAAAUAGUGUAUUAGAAAAAUAUGAACAUAUGAAACAUGAAGAAAAAAAUUUACAAAAUUUAAAUAAGAAUAUGAUAAAUCAAGAAAAUGAUGAUAGUAUGAAAUCAAUAUUUAUAUCUGAAGAAUCUUUUGAAAAUGCUAAGAAUGUAUGUCAAUUUAUUGUAAUGCAAAAUGAUUAUUUUAAAAAAUUUUGUAAUAUUACAUCAUUAGUAUAUGAUAUAGAAAAACUUAAAAAAAAUAAUAAUAAAAUUUAUGAAGAAAUCCUAAGUAAUUCAUAUGAAAAUAAUAAUGGUUCAAAAUUAAAAUUACUUAAAGAAAUUAAUAAGCCUAAAGUAUUUAAAGAAAUGGAUAAUACUAAUCCAAAAUUCUCUAUCUUAUUUUUAUAUGAUAAAUUUUGUUAUGGUGGUAUUCCAUUAGCUUGCUCAAAUUUAAUGAAAUAUGAUAAUGUAUUUGAUGUUAAUCAGCAAAAUGAAAAUAAUGAUAAAUCAGAUGAUACUCUUAAUGUUGAUGAAAUGGACAAUUAUUUUAUUAAUCAAACAGGUAUGGACAAUGAAUUCGAGGAAAACAUUUCUGAUUUAACACAAGAGUGA